GUCGCAUUCAUAAUAUGGAGAAGAAGGAAGGAUAUUGAUUAAGAUUCCAUAAAUUGGUUCAUUAAACUCGUGACCGUUCCACAGCAGCCUUUGCCUUUACUCUCUCACACCACAUUUGACUCGCUUUCGCUUUCAGAUUAAUUCGCUUCGUUACAAGAUACAUCUUCAAUGGACUCUGAGAUUGUCAUGCACAGUGGUGGAUGUCAUUGCAAAAGAGUAAGGUGGAAAGCUGAAGCUCCUUCAAGUGUUGUAGUCUGGCAAUGCAACUGUUCCGAUUGCUCGAUGAGAGGAAACCCUCACUUCGUUGUCCCAUCUCAAAAAUUCGAGCUCAACGAAGAUUCCAAACAGUUCCUAACAACAUACACAUUUGGCACACACACAGCGAAGCACAUAUUCUGCAAAGUUUGUGGAAUUACAUCAUUCUACAUUCCAAGGUCGAAUCCAGACGGCGUAGCUGUUUCAUACAAAUGCAUAGAUCCUGGAACACUAAAACAUGUGGAGACGAGGCAUUUCGAUGGACAGAAUUGGGAGAACUCAUUCAAUAAGUCAGGCAUCUCCUCGUUUUCAAAGGUUCUCCCAAAAGGGAGCUGCUUCUCGUCACCAACAAGCACAGCGUGACGGAGCCCGGGAAGCUGCAGGGGAAUGGUGGAUUCGCACUCUUUAACCUGCGCAGCUUCAUCGAUUAUCGCCAACUCAAACGGCGCCAUUCCUUGUGUGUGCAGCUUGGCCGAGCUUGAAACAGUGCAAAAGAUCAAGCAUGAAUUUUGCAGACAGAAGCAACUGACGUCAUAAGCGUUGUAAAGUUUAGGGAGUUGAGUUGCAGAGAUGGUAUUCAUCAUUUCCAAGCACAAAAGUCUCAUGGAACAUAACUUGUGAUC